AUGCAGUGUUUAAGUGAAAGAUGCUUGGCUCGUUCAAACAUUUUUCAAGCUGCACGAGGGUAUAGGCAUGUUUUCGGUAGAAAAAUGAGGUUUAAUGGUCUUCUGCUAUGCAAUAUCUCAAGAUAUUUCUCUUCAUCAAAACCUAGGUUAACAGAUAAUGUUUUUCACAAAGUUGAUAGUUAUGGCAGAGCAAGCAGGUUGGACCGUCGAAAAUUGUUCUGUAAGUUAUCUACAGCUAUGUGCCAUGAUAGUUUUGAUGAACUCUUCGAAGAAGAUAAAUAUGAUUUUGAUGCAUCUUUGGCUCGGAAACAAUUUCCUUGUAUCAUGUUAGGGCAGUCUACCCCAGUAGAGCUAUAUGAUGGGAUUGAAGAUGGCUCUGAAAAGAGUAGUGUUUUGACGAAAGAAAUCUGUAGCGAGCUUCUUCAUAGCUCUAUCGGUAUUAAAGUGGUGGACUCAAAUAUGCUAUAUGAUUCAUGGUGUUCAGUAGCUAACGAACUUAAUAUAUCUUCUUCAGAUGAGAUUGAAAGUAGAUCAGAUCAAGAUAUUACAGGUUCCACAUGUCGUCCACCCAUUUUCCAAGUUGAGAAUUCUUCUUCACUAAAAGAAGAAAGAUCCCAAAAUACAGAAAAUUCAGAUCUUAGAAGUGCUGUCGAUGAUUCUUUUAAUAGAGGUCCAGUAAAAGAUCAAACGAAUACGGUACCAUUUGAAUUCAUACUUGAUAAAUCUGUCAGCAGUGUAGCUGCAUUAAGCAAGAAGCACUGUAGUCAGUUGGAAACCUGUGGCCUACAUACGAUAAGGAAGUUGCUGAGUCAUUUUCCCCGGACAUAUGCUGACCUACAGAAUGCACAGUUUACAAUUGAUGAUGGGCAGUACUUGAUAUUUGUUGGAAAAGUUCUAUCAUCCAGGGGUAUCAAGGCAAGCUGUUCUCUAUCAUUUCUUGAGGUGAUUGUUGGUUGUGAGGUUUCAGAAAGUGGUUCGGGUUCUGCUUGUUCGGUUUCUGAUAAGAAUAGUGGAAGCAAGAGAACUAUAUAUUUGCAUCUGAAGAAAUUUUUUCGCGGUACUCGUUUUACAUAUCAGCCUUUUUUACGAAGUCUUCAGGAGAAGCAGAAAGCAGGAGACGUUGUAUGUGUCAGUGGCAAGGUGAGGACUAUGCGGACCAAAGAUCAUUAUGAAUUGAGGGAAUAUAGCAUGGAUUUAAUUCGAAAUGAUGAUGAUGAAUCUGCCUGUGCCGAAGGGAGACCAUAUCCAAUUUACCCUUCAAAAGGUGGUCUCAAUCCGAGGUUACUUGGAGAUAUGAUUGCAAGAGUUCUAGAUGCCUUGCCUCCUGAUAUAGAUCCGAUUCCAAAGAAUAUUCUUCAUAUGUUUGGACUAAAGAGCCUUCGUGAUGCAUAUUUUGGGAUUCACCAGCCAGCUAAUUUUAGUGAGGCUGAUUUAGCUCGCAAAAGGUUUAUAUUUGAUGAGUUCUUCCACCUACAGCUGGCUCGCUUGUAUCAAAUGCUUGAAGGGCUUGGUACUAGGAUAGAGAAAGAUGGUUUGCUGGAAAAGUAUAGAAACCCUGCAACAUAUGCAGUUGUGGCUGAGGAAUGGUGUACUCUAACCAAGCAGUUCAUGAAGAUUCUACCAUAUUCUUUAACUUCUAGUCAACUAAGUGCUGUAUCGGAAAUCAUUUGGGAUUUAAAACGGCAAGUCCCUAUGAAUCGACUCUUGCAGGGAGAUGUGGGAUGUGGGAAAACGGUAGUAGCUUUCUUGGCUUGUAUGGAGGUUAUUGGUUCAGGAUAUCAGGCGGCUUUCAUGGUUCCAACUGAGUUACUUGCCAUCCAACACCAUGAUCACUUUCUUAGUUUGCUUGAGAAAUUGGAGGACGUAGAUAGCAAACCAUCUGUUGCUUUGUUAACAGGCUCAACCCCAGCGAAAAAGGCACGUCAAAUUCGUGAGGGUCUCCAAAGUGGAGAAAUUGCAUUGGUCAUUGGGACUCACAGUUUGAUUGCUGAAAAAGUGGAAUUCUCUUCUUUACGGAUUGCUGUGGUAGAUGAGCAGCACAGAUUUGGUGUGAUCCAGAGAGGUCGAUUUAAUAGCAAGCUAUACACUAACUCAGUAACUUCAAGGUUGACUGAAGUUGAUCCAAGUGGCAUCUCAAAAGAUGAUAUAAAUAUGGCGCCUCAUGUUCUUGCUAUGACUGCAACCCCAAUACCAAGGACUCUUGCUUUAGCAUUGUAUGGAGACAUGUCUCUGACACAAAUAACUGACUUACCUCCUGGGAGAAAACCCAUUGAUACCUUUGUCGUUUUAGGGAAUGAUACUGGUUUUGAAGAGGUCUAUCAGAUGAUGAAGGAAGAAUUGGAUUCAGGGGGGAGAGUGUAUAUAGUUUACCCAAUUAUUGACCAAUCAGAGCAACUUCCUCAGCUUCGUGGUGCUUCUGCUGACCUGGAUGUAAUAUCAAAUAGGUUUGAAGGGAUCAAUUGCGGUUUGUUACAUGGGCGGAUGAAAAGUGAUGAAAAAGAUGAAGCUUUGAGACGGUUUAGAUCUGGAGAGACACAAAUACUACUUUCUACUCAAGUCAUUGAAAUUGGUGUUGAUGUUCCUGAAGCUUCUAUGAUGGUCGUUAUGAAUGCUGAGAGAUUUGGAAUAGCUCAACUACACCAACUUAGGGGACGAGUUGGACGAGGGUCCCGCAAAUCAAAGUGUGUACUUUUGUCUUCGACAUCUGGUGGGCUGGGUCGGUUGGAGAUUCUCAAGAAAUCAUCGGAUGGUUUCCACCUUGCUAACAUGGACCUUCUUUUGCGUGGUCCUGGUGACUUGCUUGGUAGGAAGCAGUCUGGUCAUCUUCCAGAGUUUCCAGUUGCUAGAUUGGAAAUAGACGGAAAUAUCCUUCAAGAAGCACACCUUGCUGCACUGUCAGUUUUAAGUGAUUCACAUAAUUUGGAGAAAUUCCCAGCACUUAAAGCUGAGCUCAGUAUGAGACAACCGCUCUGCCUUUUAGGUGAUUAAUACAAAUAGGCAUUAUGAUGGUGAGACAUAGGAUCACAAUUCAGUUUCUUAAGCUUGUACAUACUUCAGGGCUUGUGAAACCAUUCCAGGGAUAAGCCUUGGACUUCCACGCAGUCGAUAGUUUUGAUACAGGGUGGUCAGUGAGAGCAGCAGUUACACAGAGAUUUUCAGCUGAAAGUUUAUGGUUUGAAAAGUAUGGCAGUCAAUUGGUAAAUUGCUCGAUUCAUCUCAAUCUGGGCAUUCUAUUAUUUUAUGCAAAGACAUCUGCUGUUGUAUGUACCUGGUGACACCCAAUUUUUUAUAUUCCUCUCUUAUAAUCCAAUAUAGCAUUUUUGUAUA